AUGCCCCGCAAGUUGUACCAGAAAUCGUCCAUUAGAUUCUUGCGAAGCGGGGACGUCGCGCUGGGCGUGGCGCUCGGCGAGGGGCGCACCUACAGCAGCCCCUUCAGCGCCGCGAUCGUCCUGCGGACGCUGUGCACGGCGCCUGCAGUCGUUUCGGACGUCCUGAUCCCCGCGGCCGCGGGCUUACUGCACUGCCUUGGCCGCGCGUACGCCCGGUUCUCGGGCGUGUUCCGGGGGGACGAGUUCCGGCUGUUCUACGUCCACCCGGAAGACGGACGGAGCCCAAUCGAUGGAGUGCCCAUCCCGGAGCUCUCCAUCAUCACGACGCUAGACGACGACGAGCUGGACACGUGGCACAGGACAACGGAGGCGCUUCCGAACCUGCUCCACAUCUUUGAGCCCGCGCUGCGCCGCGCGGCCGGCGACGCGGUGCUUGAGGAGCGCUUCGUGUCCGAAGUCGUCUCCGCGGACGGCGUCAGCUUUGCUGCGGACGUCCUGCAGAUGCGCGCCGCGGCCGCGGACUAUCUGGCGGAAUGGUACCCGCCGAGCCUGCACGACGUGGGCACGUGGCUGCCGGUUCUACAGGAGACCGCGAAGCAAGUCUGGCAAAUGCUGGCCGAGAGGUUCGGGCUCGAAGAGUGCGCAUAUCCGGAUUGCACCAAGGACGUCGUCGAAGUUUCAAAAGGGACGUUCAGCAAGUGCGGCGGCUGUGGACGUGUGCGGUACUGCUCCAAGGCGUGCCAGGUAUACCUCCACUGCAUAAAUCACAACGCCUUCUUCUGUUGA